AAACACAAAACAAUUUUUUCUUUGAUUAUCGCGAUUUUUUCGUUUAAAAAUGGUAGUGAAUAAACAAGAAGGCAGUUUAUUAUAGGUUAUCGACUAUGGCGAAUCGUAUGAGCACAUGCAGAGACAUUGCGACGUACUUUUUUCCAUUUGUAAGCGUUAUUCCCACAAAAAAACCAUCAAAACUCACUGUUUUAUGAAAAAAGGAUAUUUCAGAAAAACCGCUGUAAAACUAAUAAAUUAUAGUGCAUUCGAAAGUAGAGAUUAUGGGCUAUCUAACGAUGUAUAAAACUCGAAAUCGAUAUUUUUGUCGAAAAUUGCUUUUUUUUAGGUAUGGGGGGCCCUUAAGAUGUAAUCAUGCAUAGUUUGAAUUUAAAAAAUAAAUCAACUAAUGGAAAUACUCUUUUAUUGAGUUAUAAAAAUUUUUUUUUUAACAGAAAAUAGAGUAAAAUUCGAUAGUUGGGUAUGUCUUUCAUUUAUUGAAAUAUCACUACCCUGAUUAAUUGUGUUUUGUAAAGUUUUAUCCAUAAUAACUAUCAUAUUUGAUGAGAUCUAAGUAUUUUUCAAAGACUUUAAGACCAGCAGUUUUUUUUUUUUUUUUUUAUAUACAAGUGAUAAUUAAAAUAAUACUUUUCGUUACAUCUAUUAUAGACUAUUCUUUAUUUAAUUAUUUGUCAUAAAAUCUUUUUGGUUGAUCGUACAAUACAAGCCCAUUGUCAUGCUCAAUCUGCACAACAAAUAAUUAUAAGUAAUUCUUUUCGUCAAUAUUCCGAUACAAAAUUAAGCUGUUCAUUACCAUCACCUUUAAUCAAUAAUAAUAAAAGUUUAUCACCAAUGAUAUCACCAUGUUCACAAUCUCAUAUGAUAAAAUCAAGAACUAAUAACGGAAAUAUAGCACGUAAAAAAGCUAUUAUUAUGUUAUUAAUUAUUGCUAUACUUUAUUUCAUUGCAUUUUCACCAAUACAAAUUAAUUUUAUCUAUACACAAAUAACUCAUUCACAUCAUCUUUAUGAACAUCGUCUCUUUUUUAUUAUAACAAUUCUUUUAGCAUUAUCAUCAACAGCUUUCAAUCCAAUUUUAUAUUAUAUAUUUAGUAAAUAUUUUCGAUAUAAAUUUAAAAUUCUUUUACGUCAUAUAUGUCCAUUAUGUCGUUCAACAACAAAAUAUCAGACUAAUUGUCCAACGCCUUAA